AUGGCACAGAAAAUCACGCUGAUCACGGGAUGUUCAUCGGGCAUUGGCCUCAAUCUGGCGGUCAAACUAGGAAAGGACGCAGCGAAAAAGUAUUUGGUGUAUUCGACCAUGCGAAAUCUUGACAAGAAAGGGCCGCUCCAGGAAGCUGCGGAUAGCGCCCUCAACGACACGAUGUUUAUUCGUCCUCUCGACGUCGUCAGUGAUGACUCUGUCAAAAAUGCUGUCAAAGAAAUCAUCGACGAACAUGGUCGAAUCGACAUAGUUGUUAACAAUGCUGGGAUCGCCACAUUCAACCCGAUAGAGUAUUCUUCAAUUGGAGACAUUCGAGAUGUGGUGGAGACAAAUUUUUUUGGACCUAUUCGGGUGAUCCAAGCAGUGCUACCUCAUAUGAAGGACCAACGAUCAGGUCAUAUCGUCAAUGUCAGCUCUAUUACCGGCCUCUUGGGAUUGCCAUUCUACGAGACAUACUCAGCCUCUAAGCACGCCGUGGAAGGACUCACAGAGGCACUAGCCAUUAGAAUGAAAUCCUUCAAUGUAAAACUAUCUAGCGUAAUACCUGGCCUUGUUGACACAGAAAUGAAUAGUAAUAUCGUCGUUGGGAACCGACUACCAUCAAAAGUAGAAGUUGACCCACUCACAAGAGAGCAACUUAAGAUUCUGAGGACCCAUGUAACCGAUUACUUUGAGAACACGGUCCAGACAUCUGACGAAGUCUGCGACGUAAUUCAAAAAGUGAUCGAGACGGGGCAACAGGAUGCAGCAAUCAGGUUUAAAACCAGCGACGUCGUAGGGAACAGGACAUCUAUGAAAAUGUCGGACUUUGGAGGAAGCACUUGGCUGGAGUUCGCUCGGAAGAUGGUAGAGGAUCCGAUCAUGGCCUACUUAAGUGAUGACGAAUCACAAAUUUAAGGUUCCUGUUGAUAACAAAGUUGUAGAUGAAAGUCUCGCAAAAUGGUGUAGUUGAUUAACCCAAUGGAGUGGCAGAUUUCAUUAAGCGUCACUUCUGCAAAUCCACCAAUGCAGUUUGUA